AUGGCUAACAAUUCUAUUAAACUAUUAGCUCCAGAUGUUCACAGAGGGUUGGCUGAAUUAGUUUCCAAGAGAUUGGGUAUUAAAUUAACUGAUAGCAAAUUGAAAAGAGAUCCAACUGGUGAGGUUACAUUCAGUAUUGGUGAAUCUGUUAGAGAUCAAGAUAUCUUUAUCAUCACUCAAAUUGGUGCUGGUGAUGUAAACGACAGAGUUUUGGAGCUUUUGAUCAUGAUUAACGCUUCAAAAACUGCUUCUGCAAGAAGAAUAACUGCAGUUAUUCCAAACUUCCCUUACGCUAGACAAGAUAGAAAGGAUAAGUCUCGUGCUCCUAUCACUGCAAAAUUGAUGGCUGAUAUGUUGACUACAGCUGGUUGUGAUCAUGUCAUUACUAUGGAGUUACAUGCCUCCCAAAUUCAAGGUUUUUUUGAUGUGCCUGUAGACAAUUUAUAUGCCGAACCAAGUGUAGUUAGAUACAUUAAAGAAAAUGUCAACUUUAAUGAAUCUAUAAUAAUCUCCCCAGAUGCUGGUGGUGCUAAGCGUGCUGCCACUUUAGCAGAUCGUUUAGAUUUGAAUUUUGCAUUAAUCCACAAGGAAAGAGCUCGUGCCAAUGAAGUUUCCCGUAUGGUUCUUGUUGGUGAUGUUACUGAUAAGAUCUGUAUUAUCGUUGAUGACAUGGCUGACACAUGUGGUACUUUAGCUAAAGCUGCUGAAGUAUUACUAGAAAACAGAGCGCAAUCUGUCAUUGCUAUAGUUACACAUGGUAUUCUAUCUGGUAAUGCUAUCAAUAAUAUCAAUAACUCUAAAUUGGAUAGAGUUGUUUGUACAAAUACCGUUCCAUUUGAAGAAAAGAUGAAAUUGUGUCCAAAAUUAGAUGUGAUAGAUAUUAGUGGUGUAUUAGCAGAAAGUAUUCGUCGUUUGCAUAAUGGUGAAAGUAUAUCGUACUUAUUCAAACAUUACCCACUAUAA